CCCCACUUGAAAAAGAUCCGCACCCCACGGAAAUUCCCAAGAGUUGAACAAAGCUUGCGGUUUCUCUCUCUCUCUCUCUCUCUCUCUUUUGUUAAAUUUUUCCUGCACGCUCACGCUCCCUCAGUCUCUUUCGAAGCAGAGAGGUGGCCAUGGAAUGGACCCAGAGGCUUGUGGUUCAAAUUCCGGAGUAAGUGAAGAGCGAGCGUUGGGGCGUUUGCAGAGAGGAAGAAAAAGGGACAGAGCAUUUCGGCAAUUGAAGACAGGAUUUAGAAUUAAAGGUAUAGUGUUCUUUGUGGGUAAGAGAUGGGCGAAGCAGCUUUUCUCCGGCGAUCAUUCUCUCAUCCUUCCCGGGAACGCAAAGAGGGAGAUCCCAUGCGUGCCUUGGGAGAGUCAAUAUCAUUUGGGAGGUUCUUGACAGAACCAUUGGAUUGGGAGAGGUGGUCGACCUUUUCUCACAACCGCCAUUUGGAGGAAAUCGAGAAAUUCUCGAAGGCUGGUUCUGUUGCUGAAAAGAAAGCUUAUUUUGAAGCUCAUUACAAGCGAAUUGCAGCCAAGAAGGCAGAGGAAACCACACCUGAAGAAGAAGCAAAUGCAGCAGCUAAUGCUUCUGAAGCCAGAACUACAGAGGAAAUACAUAAUUACACUUGCAAGGGCAUGGAAAAAUCAAGCAGCCAUGUGGGUGUGGAUAUUCAACAGGAGAGUCAGGUCACUAAUUCUGUUGAUUCAAAUUCAUGCGGUCUUAGGGUUGAAAGUAAUAUACUGGAUCUUGCCCUGGUGGAAGCAGCCAAAUCAGUAACAUGUGAAAGUGUUAUUGAGCAGAAUUCUAUUCAGGUCCAGAUUUUUAACAAAAUUGAAAAUGUUAGGACCCAUAAUGAGCUUAUGUUUUACCAUGACAAAAACAUGCCCAUAAAGGAGGCUGCUAACCAGGAGAAAUUGAAUUCAGUGAGCCAGAGAAAACUUGCAUUUUCUUCCUCAAGGUCACAGGCUUACAAUAAAGCAUCCAAGCCCCCUACUUCUGUUAAAGUACCAACACCUGUUUGUCAAAGAAAGGAAGAUAAUGCCAAUCCAAAUAACAAGAAGUCUGCAAGAGAAUCAGUGAGCAGAAUAAGACCAACUCCUAAAUCAGUUCACAUGUCAGUCGAUUUUGCAUCUUGUGCCAGAGAAACUAGUAAAUUUUCUCCACUUCUCAAUAAGAUUGGAAAUUCGAGAAUGUUUACAACUUUGGGCAAAAUGACUAAAGACAGUCCAUCUCCUCAACAAAGUUCUGCUAAGGCAUCUAUGAAUGUGGAAACAAAGCAUUCUACAGUAGCUUCCCAGUCAGAAAAUCAAAGGACUAAACCAUUGUUUGAUCAAAGAGUCAUUGGAAGAACAGCAGAUGGAAAGCGCCCCUCACUUAAUGUCGACCAUAUGAAAUCUCCUGGUGCAUGCCAAAGCAAAUCUCAACUUACUACUAUAUCCUGUCCUUUCAGCUUCAGAAGUGAAGGAAGAGUAUCAAAACGUAAAGAGUUCUUUCAGAAGCUUGAAGAGAGGAACAAUGACAAGGAGGCAGGAAAAAUACAGCUUCAAACAAAACUAAAGGAGAAAGGAGAGAAUGACCUCAAGAAACUGCGGCAUAGUAUUGCUUCUAAACCCAAAUCAACAGCUGAUUCUUAUUGCGGAACAGGAUCAUCAAUUAAUCAUACAAAGAAGGUUCAACUGACUAGGCCUCAAUCGCCAAAACUUGGAAGAAAGCCUACUCCCAGUAUGGUCCAGGACACAAGCUCUCGACCUCCUCGGAGGCCUUCAGUUAGGAAUGAUGGCUUCAAACAUGCUAUUGACAAAAAUAACCUAGCCCCUUCUAGCCCUGACACUUCACUGCCAAAGAAGAAUACACAUGAGAAUGCUUCCCCAAAUAUCCAGCUCUGACUGUCAAGAAAGAAUGCAAGUGAAAAAAAAUUGCUGCCCCUUCUAGUGGCACAGUUAAUUUACCGCACAUUCUGGAGACUGAAAAUAAUUGGAUGGUGGUGGGAUAUGUGGAAGUUGUUCAGCUGCUAUUAACAUUAAGGACAGGGAUACUUCUUACAUUAGCUUUUCCCUUUCCCUUGUAUUUCAUCAGGGGCAUAUAUAGUAUGUAGGAACACAAGCUUUGGUCGUAAUGAGCAUUUCUAUUCUGUAAAUGACAGCAUUGUUGUUGCCCAAAUUCUGGGCUGAUAUUGUUUAAUGGUGAUAUUGUUUGAUAUAAAGCAUUGUGUCAAGCCAAGCUUCUGGAUGGGCAUGAAAAGAAA